AUGAACAGUUUUAGCUGGGAUGAGCUAGUUACAGAGAUGUCGGAUCGUUGUCCAGUUUUGUUCAAUGCUUUGUUAGUAGCCAUGCGACGUUCGAAGAAGGAAGUGAAUGAUGUGGGUCCAUGUAUUGGUAUGUGCUAUGCAAUUUUGAUGCAGACAAGAAACAAUGAAUUGAGUUUGGUUCAGGGAUUUAACACAGUUUUGAUGACCAAUGGGGGUGCUAAAAAACAGGUAACAAUAUACUGGCAGAGAUGGAUUUACUGGGGGAUGCGCACCCCUAUCUCUAGCCUUGCACGGCCAGAGGAAGUGCAGGGGGGUGCUAUUUUUCAUAAUAAAGCAAAAAAAUUAUUAGAGACAAAAUGAGGUACAAUAAUUUGAGCAAUAACAUGUUGAUAAGCAAACUGUGAACAACAAUUACAAUUCAAAUACUGUAGUCAGGCAAGACUUUGCAGUAGUGAAGCAAGUUGAUGGGCAGGCGGCACACAUAACCGACACAACUCGGCACCAGAACUGGAAGAGCACCCCCCCCCCUCCCCUACCAGAUCAUGCUGGAUCCAUCCCUGUAUUGGCACAAUACAUCAAUUUAUUAUGGUUUAGCUGAUAAACUCUUUUAAUAUAUACAGUGUAUGUAAUAUGUAUAUUGUUUACCGUUUUCUCUUUAGUAAAAUCCCAGGGGGUGUAUAAUUUUCAGUCCCCUUCGAGGGGUCUUAUUUGAGAAGGGGACUUGUUUAUUUAUCAAUAAAAUCUUAAUAGCAAGCACUGAACAAAAUUCAUGUGUAAAAAUUAUCUUAUAAGUUAUAACGUGUUAUCAUAAGGUAUGCUAUGUAAAAUGCAGUAUAUCCGUACGAAAUUGGGUAUUAAUGGACCUAAAAAUAAAAUACAAAUUACUUUGAUUAAACUGGUGUUAUGGGGGUGGGGGAGGGGGAGAGGGCUAAUAAAGAGAAUGUGAUAUGUAUAAAAAUCAUGUUUCAUUUUCAGCUUUAUGUUCAAUGUCAGAAAAUGGGAUUUUCCCUGUCACACACCAGCAAAAUUAACAUGCUUGACCUCAUCGGUGGGCACUUUUCAGACAAACUGUUUGAAGAAGUUAGAUGCGGAAAGAAAAUUCAAGGCACUGGUGGCAACUGGGACAUGAAAAUACAUGCACAAGAUAUGCUUUCAACAAAUCGAAACACUGAUUUGCAGUACUUUGUUUCUAAUCUUAUCAUUGAGCGUGUACCAUCAGAAAAUCUGUCAAAUGUGUCCCCACAACUUAAUAUAUCUUCCCUCCAUAACACAGCUUUUCUUAUUGACAGCAACAAGGCCAACAAGUUGAGAGAUGAUAUAAAAGUGGUGGUUGGAAGAGCUCUGCUGCAGAAAAUACCGGACUUGUCGUUCUUGAGACAUGUCAUUCCCAAUCAUAUUGCACAUCCGUACAAGACAGAAAUGUCCAAAAAAUCAAUCAUUGUUCCUUUACCAAUGAUGAUGAAAGAUGAAAAAGAGGAUGAAGAUGUAGUUCAUAUCCUUGACGGUUAUGAACAGCAUUUGGAAAACAUCUUUGUUAAAGCCGAUGUCAUUAAAAAACCAGUGGAGGAUACCAAUAGCAAAGCACCUCCAAUAAUCGGCAGAGAGUCAGCAUCAGCAGAUCAGGCAAAAGCGCAUUUCAACAACGAUGAUGAGAAUGACUAUAUGAAGAAGAUAUCUGUACCGUUCGGGAGGGGGACCAGAUGA